GUCAUUUUCAAUCCAAGAGGAAACUCUGAAGCCGCUGGCAGCCACCCGCUCCUCCCCAGCCCCUGGCAACCUCGGGUCUGCUCUCCUCUUCUGAGGGCCCUGUGGCUUCUGCUGCGCAGCGUCCAGCUCUCCCGGUUCAGCCAGGAAGCCUUCCAGAACGCCUUCCGACCUGUGGCCCUGCUCUGACGCCAUGGACCUGUGUGUGUCCAGCUCUGUCCUCUCCCAAGACUGCUGCCCUGGAGGCUCUGGUCCUGGCUGAGUGGUGUUUGUUGAGUGAAUUGAUGAGCCCGCGGUCUGGAGUCAGCUGAACGGAGAUCAGGAAGCUGUGACUGGGCAGCCGGCGGUUGAGGUGUAAAUGGAGGACAUGAAGUCACUGGGUUCCAGCGAGAGGGAAGUGAGACCCUGGGCCUCCCCUCCUCCUCUCGUGAGAGCCCUGGGGCCCUGCGGAGGGCGGAUCCUAUAGUCGUCUUCGGUCUUCCCCUCUGCGCUCCACCCGGACACCAGUUCCUCUUCCCCUGAGUCGCUGGUGCAAAGCCUGAGGAGCACCAGCAACCGCCGCCACCCGGGCUCUGGCGCUGGCCGCAGCCCCUGGCACCGCACUGGAGACUUCCAGCGCCGUCCAGGCAAAGGCGUGGGGAUCGGACCCGAAAGGCGGCUUGGAUGGGGGGCGCCCCGGCGUGGAUGCUGUCGGUGCUGCUGCGGCUGCUGCUGCAGAAGCCAGGAAGCCAGGGACUGUCGUGCAGCCUGUUCUCGGGGGACGUGGACUGGACGAGGGAGUUCGAGGGCACCUGCCUGAACUUCAGUGGGCUGGGGCUGAGCCUGCCCCGGAACCAGUCUCUCCGGGCCGGCAGCCUGCAGACCCUCGACCUGUCGGCCAACGGCCUGCGGGACCUCCCGCUGCGCUUCUUCGCUGACCUGGACAAGCUGCGGCUCCUGGACGUGACGGGCAACCCGCUGCGGAGAGUGGACGCGGCGCUGGCCUCCCGCUGUGACCUGGACCUGAAGGCCGACUGCAGCUGCGCCCUGGCGUCCUGGCACCAGGUCCGGCGAGACAACUGCUCUGGACAGCAGGCCCCGCAGUGCCAACUCCCGGCCACUGGUGCCUGGCAGAACCUCUCAGCCUUCCUGGGGCCCAGCUGUGCCCCUGGCCCAUCCCCAGCCACCAUCGGGGCAAUGGCGGCGGGGGGUGUCCUUUUCCUAGGACUUGCUGUUGCCGGUCCGCUGCUGGCCUGGAGACUUCGGCGAUGCCGAGGGGCCAGGAGCCAGGGCCGGGGCAAAGCCUGGGGUGUCCAGGGCGGCUCCAGACCCAGCUCGGGCGCGCAGCCACGGUACGGCAGCCGGGGCCUGGGCACCAAGCCCGCCGCGGCAGCCCGGGCCCGCGCCUCCGUGCCUGACUACGAGAACGUGUUCGUGGACCAGCAGCCUGAUGGCCACCCGUGGGCGGGACACGGGGCUCCCCCUGCAGAGGAAGGUGACUUCUACAUGAACUUCAGGGGCGGCCACCAGGACUCGCAGCCCGUCUACUGCAACCUGCAGUCCCUGCGCCACCCCGCGCCGCGGGAGGAAGAGGAGUACGUGGUCCCCGGGCGGCGCUGAGACGGUCCCUGCCGCGCGCUGCCGACCGCGGACGCUUCGGCUCCUCCCCUGGCCUGGGUCUCCCUCCAUGAGCAGCGGGAGCAGAGGAAGUCCAUCCUUGACAGUCCUUUGACAACACCAUUGUCGCCCUCGUGGUGUCAGGAGGUGCUUAAUAAAUGCUCAGGGACGGAGAGGCCGCGGGCUGGCCGGGGCUUCCCCAGCUCCCAGACCCCGGCUCCAUGGAGGCGACCGACCCUCCCCUGCCCUGCUCGGGACCCUUGGGGCGUCCAGCCUCGGUCAGCCCUGGGAGCCGCCGCUGGCUCAGGAGGGUCUUUCUUUCUCUCUUGCAGUGCUGGGGUUGAACCAGGGGCCCUUCACCACCAGCCACAUCCCAGCCCUUUUUAUUUCUCCUUUUGAGACAGGGUCUUGCUAAGUUGCUGAGCCUGGCUUUGAACUUGGGAUCCUCCUGCCUCAGCCUCCUGGGUCAGUGGGAUUAUAGGUGUGGGCCACCGCGCCUGGACUCACUCUAAAACUUUGAUUUUCAA